GGUACUGACAAACAGUAUCCGCUGCAAAGCCAAGUCAGUCUAGCGCUGGAUUUUGCUGCCACCGGGCGUUCGUGGCUAUUUCGCCCUUCUAUGGAGACACCUGCUAUAGGCUGUGUGUGUAUCGCCUCGUACUUCAAGUACACUUGACUGCAACUUAUUCCCUAGGCUAGUCUUCCGCUCUGAGGUCCAUGAAUUUCGAGAACAAGGGAUAAUGACAAGAAAAGAAUAUAAGAAGCUGUACUACGUGUCUCUCUUGUGGCUUUUGUGGGUGGUCUUCUUUCUUGCUCCAUAUAUAAUAAGCCAUGGAUACAGAAGUAGCGAAUAUCACUGCAAUUAUGGAUGUCAAGGUUCCCCUCCACUCAUCGAUACGCCCACCUGUGUCAUCCCAGACUUCGAUCCUAACCACCCCAGUAUAGUGCAGUUUCGUGAGAGGGUGACAGAGCCCAAGGAGCUAGUUUGUUCAACAAAAGAUCCCUUGACUGAGGUUUCAGGGACAAAUCUCCUCUUCUACGAAGAGAGGCUGCCUUUGUAUGGGUCAUCAAAAGCGACUGUGAGCUGCUAUUAUCAGUCCAUUCAGAGGGUGGAACAAAAGCCCGAUAGAUAUGACAUAAACUGCGACAAUAAAUAUGUCUUGAAAGAGGCUGUUCCCAUCACCUCGGCCAAGACGCGCAUUCAUGAUGACGCAAUAGUGGUAACGUGUGACGACUCCAAGUCCUGGUGGUCGGUCUACAAGGAUGUCCACUAUUUUAUACAACCAAGGAAAGCUCAGGAACAAAGAAAAAAAUUUAAGGAAGAGGUGGCUGCGGCAGGCAAGAGACCCGAAAAACUGAACGUCAUCAUCAUGGCAACGGACUCCGUUUCCAGAGGGAACCUCCGGAGGCACAUGCCGAAGACCUUCGACUACCUGAAGAAUGAGCUUCGCGCCAUCGACCUUCAGGGUUUCAACAAAGUUGCUGACAACACCCACCCAAACGUAGUGGCGAUGCUCAUGGGCCUCACCCACGGGGACCUCGACGAAUUCCACAAGCCGACGAGGUGGUACGAGAUGAAAUUUGACGACUACCCUUUCAUCUGGAAGAAUUUCUCCGAGAAUGGCUACGUCACGAUAUACGCCGAAGAUGCUCCGAAUAUUGGAACCUUUACUUAUAAGAAAUUCGGCUUCGUCCGAGAGCCGACGGAUUAUUACACCAGACCAUACUUCAUUGCUUCUGAUGAGCUCAUAGGCCAUUGUGGCAACAGUGGUUUGUUAACUGUCUCCCCUCCGUGUCAGGGUAGCAAAUGGGCCAUCAAAAUUAUCCACAAGUUAUCUUUGGAUAUGGCUGAGGUCUUGAAAGAUGUACCUUAUUUUGGCCUGUAUUGGACUUCCUCUAUAACCCACGAUUACCUGGACUUGGCUGCUCUUGCCGACGAGCCGUCAGUCGACUAUUUGAGGCAACUGCACGACGGGGGUUACCUCGAGAACUCGGUGCUCUUCUUCCUCAGCGACCACGGCCUGCGGUUUGGAGACUUCAGGAAGACGUACCCAGGAAUGCUGGAAGAGCGGAUGCCCUACGUCAUGAUCAGACUUCCUGACUGGUUCAAGGAUCAGUAUCCAGACGCUUUUCACAAUAUGGCGACCAAUGAGAAGCGUCUGACCUCGACAUUCGACAUUUACGUAACGCUUCGAGACAUUUUACGACGAGACUACGCACGUCUAAGGGAAAGGACCCCAGCAAAAUACGGCCAGAGCUUGUUCCAGGAGGUUCCCCUCAACCGAACCUGCAAGGACGCCGGGAUUCCGGACAAAUAUUGUUCUUGCCAACACACUGAAGAGGCUGACCCGAGUGACAGCAGGCUUCGUGAAGCCGCCGUUUCUGCCAUCCAGGUUCUGAACGAAGGUCUUCAGGCUUUCCCAAACUGCUCGGUUUUAAGUCUGGAUAAGGUCAUCGGAGGACGAGUUGGGCAGCCCAGAGAGGUACCUGGCGCUAGUUACAAAUAUACUGUUUUCAUUGACUACAUCGUCUUGUUCGCCACGAAACCAGGUGGAGGGGAGAUGGAGGCGCAUUUACAGUUUCAUGGGGACAGAUACCAUCUGAUGAGCGACGUAUCCAGAGUCAACAUAUAUGGAAAUCAAAGUCACUGCAUACGAGAUGUCAAUUAUAUCAAAUAUUGUUUCUGCAAAGACCUGCUAUCACAGAAUUAGAGAUGAAACCUAUGCACAUCGAACAAGACCACCAAAGGGACCAUUGACUUGAAAUUGAAGAUUCCAUAGAAUGUUUCUUUCAACCUCCCACCGCAGACCCCACACUGCAGCGGUAUCUGAUCAUGAUACAGAGCCAGUGAUUUUUCAUCGCCCUGGGCGAGACGCUAAUCCGCGACAUCUGAGUGGCAUGCCACGACACUAAACAUUAUCCCAGCGGAGCGGCUGGUUAAGUAUUCCCUUUUGGCCCAAAAAUGUAUUGAUAAAUUUGUGGAGAUACUCGUUUGGCAGCUGAGCUGAGAAUUGUAAAAGUAGGUAAUUUUUAUUCAUCUCUCGUCGCGACUAAGUUGGUCAAGAGCAGCGAGAAGAAGCGUAUACAUUAUAACUUAAGACAAAUGAACAGGGUUUUUUUUUUUUUAAAGGUAUUGCUUAACGAGUUCCAUCAUUAAUUUUGUUAAGAACACAUUCCAAAACGCCUGGUAUUACUAUCUAUUAAAUCAAAGACUAGUACGUUCUCUUAAAAUUCUGGUGAUUAGGAUUUAUUUCAGAAGCCAUAAUUAGGGUGGGAAUGAAACAGUUAAAAAGGUGCUUUAGCUUUUACAGUGCAAUUGGUAACUGAAAGAGAAAUCUUGACUCGCAAAUAUAAAUACAGAGGACUGAAAUUUGCUGGCUCAUGCUAAUGUACUGAAGCCACUAUUCUGCAAGAAAUCAUCCUGCCCUCAGGCUGUUAAGAAAGAAAAAAUACCGUUUCAUCUUAAUGAAAAGUGAAUCUGGUCUGUCUUAAUGUUAAGUGAAUUUAAGUUGAUCUAAUGUAAAAAGAAAAAAAAAAAAAGUGGG